CCUUAACGGGCGGAACCAAAUACAAGAAGGCUUUUGUUUUUAUCAGAGCAGAUUUAGCGAUCGAACCUCUAUCACCACUGAGUUUCAAUAAGGUCAAUUCUCAGUGAGAUGUCGACCCUCUCGAGCUAUGCAGUUCGCAUGGCUCGCCUGAGCGCACGCAUUUUUGGAGAAGUGGCACGGCCCACGGAUAGCAAGUCGAUGAAGGUGGUCGAGCUGUUCAGAGAGCAGCCCAUGGCACUGAAGAAGGAGGUGUACGACUGGUAUCCACAGCACAAAACUUAUUACGCGCUGACCAGGAAGCUUAGAUUCCUGGGGCUCUUCAGAGAUGAACAUGAAGAUUUCAAAGAGGAGAUGAGGAGACUCAGAAAGCUUCGCGGGAAGGGGAAGCCAAAGAAGGGAGAGGGAAAGAGAGCUAUGAAGAAGAAGUAACAUGGAUAUUAUAUUGGAAAUGGGCCCCCGAGAUGCCUGAGAUUCACAUUUGGGGAGAUGGACCCUAGAAUUGCAGUCAUGAGGCUGUGUUGAAAUACCACUCCGCAUCAAUGGCCUAAAAGUGGCAUGAUCAAAAGAUUCAAGCUUGGACAAAUAUGCAACAGAACAUUUCUUUGAAUUUAUUCAGAGGCAAAAAUGAUUAUGUUUGUCAUUUAUACAUGAGUAUACCAAAAUGGUAUUCUAAAAGGAAACAGCCCUUCGUAAGACACCGGAUUAUAUUAAUUGUAAAAGCUAAUCGCUAAAAUAAAAUGUAUUAUUAUUAUUUGUUUAAUUAGCAGACGCCUUUAUCCAAAGCGACUUACAGAGACUAGCACGUUCUGCAGCAUGGAAGAGUGUUUCUUUCAUUGUAACCUGUGUUAUAUUCUACAUUUUGUUCAGCAUAUUUCAAGUUAGUCAUAACAUUUUAUAAGUAACUUGAACUGCAACUGUUUGAGAGAUGAAAACAAGUACAAAGGUCUAAUUAAGCAAAUUAUUAGUUCAAUUAAGGGUCUAGUUAAGUAACUGAGAGCUCAGUCGGAAUGAAAGCCAGCAGACACGGGGUCCCCAGGACCGAGUUUGAGAAGCCCUGCUCUAGAUGUAUCGGUGAUCUUUUUCACAUUUAUAAUCAUUGAUGGUUCUGAGUUCUCAUGCUCCAGUAUUUCAUUUUAAUAAUUCUCUGUGUCACAUUCCACCUAGCAUUAUUGGAGUAUGUAAAAACUUUCUUUUGAGUGCUCCCUGAUUCCUGAGAGCGUAGAUAAAGGGACAUUUAGAACAGAAAAUAGGGAAUCUGGAACCAACCAUGUUGUUGAAGCUGACACCCUGGGAUCCUUCAAGAAGCUGCUUGAUGAGAUUCUGGGAUCAAUAAGCUACUAACAACCAAACGAGCAAGAUGGGCCGAAUGGCCUCCUCUCGUUUGUAAACUUUCUUAUGUUCUUACGUAAUGCUCUGACCUUUCAACUGCAGUGCAUUGCAAAUCCUGAAGCAGUUCCAGUAGCUGCCAGCAGCAACCUUAACAGCAUUAAGCAAUUCAAAUUACAAGUGUAAUUUACAAAAUUAAAAAAAGAGUGAACAGUUUCAUUCAUGGACCAAGUAAGUAUCCGCUAUAUGAUGUUGUGAAAGACGCAAGCGGCUGCUUUGUGAUUGCUUACAGCAACUCUGGGUUCUGUAAUGCAGCCCUGAUCUAUAGUAAUAUUAUGAAGUUGGAGGGGCCAGCAGAGUUGAAGGGUCACAGCAAUGUUUUAUUUGAAUUGGGAUGUACGCAAAAUAUUCUGAUAGAGAAAAAUUAAUGAAUUGCUUCACAUUAAUUAUAUAAAAAUCCUGAAGACACAUAGAAAGUUGUUCAGUAAGCUGUUGUAAUAAAUACAGCCUUGUAAA